AAGCCAGGGAGCUGUCAAUGAUCCCGCUACUGAACAACGUGACAAAGUCUGCGCUCCGACAACAGAGAAUCCCUCCAGCUUCACGGCCCACUCGCAGAGCACUUCCUCGUCAGGGGCGAAAGGAACGAAAGCACGUGAUUUUUGCCAUCCAUGGCUGAAGAGAGGAAUAUACUGGAUGUUUUGCCGUCAGAAAUGGUUUACAAAAUAGUUGCCUAUCUUGACUUGAAACAUUUAUGUAUUGUGUCCAGGGUCUGUAAACUAUGGAAUAACAUAACAAAAGAAUAUGAUAUACUCUGGAAGAAAUAUUGUUUGGCCUUACCAGAUGCAUGUAAGGAAAACAUAAAAAAGUAUCGUGACUCUGGAUAUACCUGGAAGGAAACCUUGCAAAGAACCAGCAUGGAUAAAGCAAGAGAGAGAGUACAGCAUAACUGGCUUGAUGGGAGGUUUAGCCACAUUAGAUCAUUUAAAGAGCUUCCAGGGAACAGCAUGUUUCCCCUGGAUAAAGAUGCCUGGGGAGAGAUCCUUGAAGCCGAAGAGAGAAGGAACUAGAUAAUAAACAUUAACAGUUGAAUGGGGACAAACACAGACAUAUAUAGACAUUAUAUAUUACAUUUAUCUCCAUCUAUAAUCACAACUAUUGAUGCAACAUAUUCUUUUGAUGAACAUGCAACCUAAUUUUUAAAUAUACAUAUAAUUUUAUUGUAAAUAGAAUUUUAAAAUUCAGUAAUUCACUAGUUUUCUUUUUAAAAACAUUUUCAAUGUCAUGUUUAUACAGGAUAACACACAAAUACAGCCACGGAAUUCAACCACUGUUAAAGGACCAGUAACAUAAAUUUUUAUUUUUUUAAAAAAUGUGUUUCUUUGUAACGAAAAAAAAAACAC